GCUCUGGUUGGGCUCGGCGGGAUGGGCAAGACGCAGGUAGCGCUCGAGUUCUCGUUCUGGGUACGGAAGCACCGGCCAGACUGCUCCGUCUUCUGGAUCUCUGCACUAAGUGAGGAGACCUUUGACCAGUCAUGCGCAGAGAUCGGUCGAAAACUCGACCUCACACCAGCGAAUGUGGGUGGGGAGCAGCGUGACGUGAAGCAGCAGCUCAAGGAUUACUUGUCACAGAGCGACCUGGCCGGCAGGUAGUUGGUCGUGCUAGACAAUGCCGACGAUAUUGGUCUUGUCAAGAGCCUACGGAAGUAUCUACCGUCUAGCGAUAACGGUGUCACACUGAUCACGACGCGUAGGGAGGAGGUUGGCACCAUGGUCGACACGAGCACGGUGCUUGUAAAGUUGUGCACAAGAUUGUUAUUAGCUCUCGAAGCACUGCCACUGACCAUUACCCAGGCGGCAGCCUACCUGAAUGGAACCCGCACAUCGAUUCACGAUUACCUUAGCUACCUACAGGGCCGGGAAGAGGAGGCGAUCCGGCUCCUAAGCUAUGAAAGCAACUUGGCAGACCACUACCCACCCGAGAAGCAGCACCAUGCCGUCAUGAAGACCUGGCUGGUGUCUCUGGAUGAGAUGAGGGGGCAUCGGGACGAGGCUACGGAUGGGAGGGCUAUUGUUGAGCUGUUGAUGUUCCUGUCACAGAUUGAGCCCAAGGCGAUUCCCAAGUCGAUGCUGCCGGUGGUCGGGGGGUCCGGAAUGGUGCUCGACCAGACGAUCGGCACGCUGCUCGGGUACACGUUCCUUACGAAGCGGGACGGCGAGGUGUACGACAUGCACAGCCUGGUGCACCUGGCGAUCCGGAGCUGGGUGGCGCGCGAGGGUCACACUGACGAGGCGGCCCGGCAGGCACUGAGCCUUCUGAAGAGACAGAUGGAUUUCAAGGAGCCAAGUCCCUGGGCACGUAAACAAUGGACGGCGAACAUGCCACAUGCGCUACGCGCGUUGACAGACAGUAGAGGCCAGCGAGCGGAAGCCUGGUUCGGGCUUGCGUAUGAGGUGUCGUGCUGCCUGAGCUGGGACGGGCGAUGGGACGACUCGCUAAGGUGGGCACAGGCCAGUCACGAGGGCAUCUCUGGACUGUAUCCCAAGGGCAGUCAGGGAUGGCUCCGCACCCAAUUCGCGCUUGGGCGUGCUUACCUACAAAGCGGGCAGCCACAAACAGCCGUCGAACACUGCGAGCGGGCACUCCUGGCCAUGCAGGCAGAGCACACAGACCGAGUGCACACCGAGCACGUCCUCGCAUGCGCCUACCUCAACACUGGCCAGCCACAGCGAGCACUGGCAUUGCUCCAGCAUGUGGUUGCCGUGUACGAGGUAACACUGUCACCUCAACAUCCAAACUUCCUGACUGCGCAACAUAAUCUUGCCAGGGCCUACCUGGAUCUCGGUGACCCGACAAAUGCACUCCCUCUCCUCGAGUACGUCGUGGAGCAGGAGUCCCAAACCCUGCCACCCAAUCAUUCUUACUUGAUGAGUUCACAAUACCUGCUCGCCAAAACAUACAUAGCAUGUGCAAUGUUGCAAGAGGCAGUCACCAUACUUGAACAACUCAUCCAGACCGACGAUGGUGCAACACCAUCAGCUACAAAUCAUCGCCUUAGCCGGGACAUUCUGCGAUUCCUGCAGGAUGUCUACGAGGCACUCGGCGACCAGGACAACCACUCACGUCUCCGCGCCCGAAAUAAAGAGUUUGAUUCCAUGUCUGGCAGUGCGGAGCCAUCACAGCUGGAACAGUCAGCAGCGGAUCAAUCGGUGCCAGAAUACAACAGCGACUCGGAAUCGUCACAAGACAGCUCUCGGCUACCGCAUAAAGAGGUCAGGGACAUCAGUGCUUCCACACGCAAGCGGAGACGAGGCAAGCACAAGACUAUACCACCAAGCACAACUCCUGCUCAAUCUGCAUCAACAGGUGGUGCUCACCCGCCUAGCACUCGUGGGCAGGCCAAACGAAAGCAUUAUCCGGGGGCCGCACAGUCCUCAAAACACCAUAGUUCUGGCCGCAAAACUCGUCAUCCAGCGCCAUAACACCAUCGUCGGAACUCGUAUUUCGCCAGAGGUAUAUAGUUCUUUCGAGUAUCCCAUUAUCAACAAAGCCUCAAGCGAGAGGUGGUCAUUCAGAAACGAAUAUCUCAUAAGCGCCAUGGCAAAAUACAACACCCAUCCAUAGGCCUUGGUAUCACUUCAGAUUUUCCAUUUCACAUAGAGCACCUCAUUGUAGAUAUCAUUCUUUAUGAAAGCUAUUAAAUUAAGUAUGGACCACGUUAGAGUUAUACAUAGCGCU